AGCAACUUUGGAGUGACGCAACAGGUGGAGUGCAAAGUAUGGAGGGGGAAGCAUCGUACGGAGAAGUGUUUUAAAGCUGUUGUUCCGCGUGCGAGACGUACUGUUCGUCGAACUGCAACAGCUGUGCACAUCUGCGUUCCUGUGAACAAUGGACCAUAGUGCACACCAUAUGAUGCAUCACGAUACGGAUCAUACGAAUCAUACGGAUGAGGGGAUGUGUGGCGACCAUUCUAUGAUGAUGAUGGCAAUGACAUUCCACACAGGAUAUACUGAAACAGUUUUAUUUGAUGGUUGGAAAAUAAAUUCUGUUGGAGGUCUUAUUGGCUCCAUUAUUGGCAUCGUAUUCAUGGCUGCACUGUAUGAAGGACUGAAGUACUACAGAGAGUAUCUCUUCUGGAAAACAUACAAUGGGCUACAAUAUAGGUCUGUCUCUGAACCAGGGGAAAAGAACACAACUUCUGAAGAUAACCGGAUUGUACAUGUUAUAGGAGAAGUUAUACGCAAGCAACCGCGUAAUAUGUUCAGCUCGAUGCACUUCUUUCAGACAUUCCUUCACAUAGUACAGGUUGUACUGAGUUACUUCCUCAUGUUAAUAUUUAUGACAUAUAAUGUAUGGCUGUGCUUGGGUGUUGUCAUUGGGGCAGCUCUUGGUUAUUUCUUAUUUGGCUGGAAGAAGUCUGUCAUUGUUGAUGUUACUGAACACUGUCAUUAAAAACUUCCUGCCUUUGUAGUAUAAUAUAAUGGAUUGCUGGAAGCAAAGUAUUAAAUCACUAGCUUUCAUGUUUCAAACAAAAAAAUUGAGAUUUUAUUCGUUUUUGAAUGUAUUCCAUGCAGAAUGUCAUAUUUUCAUAAGAAAUUGUGCAUUUGCAGUCAAUAGUAAUUUGUAAUAUGGAGAAAACGUGAAACACCAGGUUCAGAAUUUUACUAAUGACAGAAACUUAAAGUUUAUUCAGUUUCUCUUCUGAAAUGGUAUUGUGUAACAACAGAAUUUACUUACGUGCAGUCAAUGGUACUUAGUGUAUUGUGAAUUUUUUAGUACAGUUUUAUAAUAACUAAGUGUACUGAAAUGUUAAAAAUUACUAUUUUUUAUUCUUGACAAUUUAAUAAAGCAUAUUUUGUUGU